AUGCCCCCAAACCUGAUUCAACCGCGCGAAGAAAACGGAAUAGAACGAAUAAGAAAUUUGAAAAAGCCAGAGAGAACAUCAUGUGGCGAUGCGAUGGGAUUGGUCGCCGCUACCAAUCGGACGUCUAUAUUGUGUUGCGCAGAAGAUGAAGGCACUGUGAAUAUAGCUCUACCAAUGACCCGGCGUGGCCGAUAUCCAGAGCUGAUAUGGAAAAACUAUAUCCCGUGCCCAUGA